UCCGAGCGACGCACAAAGCUCUGCAUCCCUGGGCCGCUGCUCAAUAAUAAAAGCGAAUCUCGGUGUUUUUUAUUUUCACAUGCCCGGCCUUUAGAGUGCAAGAAUGGGAAUCCUGGAAAAGAUAGCCGAGAUCGAGCGCGAAAUCGCGCGGACCCAGAAGAACAAAGCCACCGAGUACCAUUUGGGCCUCCUCAAGGCGAAGUUGGCCAAGUACCGCUCCCAGCUGCUGGAACCGUCAAAAAAGGGCGAGAAGGGUGAGGGAUUCGAUGUGCUAAAGAGCGGCGAUGCGCGGGUGGCGCUGAUCGGCUUUCCCUCGGUGGGCAAGUCCACUAUGUUGUCCACCCUUACAAAGACGGAAUCGGAGGCGGCAAACUAUGAGUUCACCACCUUGACCUGCAUUCCGGGUGUCAUCGAGUACCAGGGCGCCAACAUACAGCUGCUGGAUCUGCCAGGAAUCAUCGAGGGCGCCGCCCAGGGCAAGGGGCGUGGUCGCCAGGUCAUCGCCGUGGCCCGAACUGCCGAUCUGGUGCUCAUGAUGCUGGACGCCACCAAGCCAAAUGUCCACCGGGAGCUACUCGAACGCGAGUUGGAGUCCGUGGGCAUCCGGCUGAACAAGCGCAAGCCCAACAUCUACUUCAAGCAGAAGAAGGGCGGUGGCCUGAGCUUCAACGCCACCUGUUCGCUGACGCGCUGCAACGAGAAAAUGGUCCAGACCAUCCUGCACUCCUUCAAAAUCUUCAAUGCCGAGGUGCUCUUCCGCGAGGACUGCACCGAGGACGAGUUCAUCGACGUAGUCACCGCUAACCGUGUGUAUCUGCCCUGUCUGUACGUUUACAACAAGAUCGACCAGAUCUCUAUCGAGGAGGUGGACCGCCUGGCGCGUCAGCCCAACUCCAUUGUCGUCAGCUGCAACAUGAAGCUCAACCUGGACUACAUGCUGGAGGCCCUCUGGGAGGCGCUGCAGCUGAUUCGGGUCUACACAAAGAAGCCCGGAGCACCGCCAGACUUUGACGAUGGUCUCAUUCUUAGGAAGGGUGUCAGUGUGGAGCACGUGUGCCACGCCAUCCACCGCACGCUGGCUGCCCAGUUUAAGUACGCCCUGGUGUGGGGCACCUCCACAAAGUACUCGCCGCAGCGCGUCGGAAUCGCCCACGUAAUGGCCGACGAGGACGUCAUACAGGUGGUGAAGAAGUAAACAUUGUUGCAGCUGAAAUAUAUUCUAUGCUAUACUUAAA